AUGGCAAAACUUUCGGAUACGGUAAAACUCUUGUUUAUAAGUGCAAUUGUGUACAUCCUUUUUGGUCCAAAUGUUGAUGGGUUGGGUGUGAAUUGGGGCACCAAGUGUAACCACCAACUGCCACCGGACACGGUGGUUCAAAUGUUGAAAGACAAUGGACUUAAAAAGGUCAAGUUGUUUGAUGCCGAUGGGAUCGUAUUAGACGCGUUGGCCGACACAGGUAUCGAGGUCAUGGUCGCUGUCAAGAACGUCGAACUCGAUUCGUUGACCAAGAAGAGCAACGCCGAGAAAUGGGUCAAGAAAAACGUUGUCAAAUACGUCGAGAAGAAAGUCAAUAUAACGAGUGUGGCUAUCGGUAACGAGCCGUUCCUGAAGGAUUAUAAAGACAAGUAUGUGAAUUCAACGCUUCCGGCAUUGCAGAAUAUCCAGAAGUCCCUCGAUGAAGCAAAGCUUGGAGAUAAAAUCAAGGCGUCGGUUCCGUUCAAUGGGGAUGUUUACAUGUCCCCGGCGUGGAAGCCAGUUCCGUCUGCCGGGAUUUUCCGUCCCGAUGUUUCCGAUCAGGUUGAAGACAUAGUGGAGUUUCUCCAUAAAAACAACGCUCCGUUUAUCGUCAAUAUCUACCCGUUUUUGAGCCUCGCGAUAGCAGACGACGGUUUUCCGAUCGAAUAUGCGUUUUUUGACGGUAACUAUACCAUCCAAGAUGGCGACGUUGAGUACAACAAUGUGUUCGACGCGAAUUACGACACUUGUGUAUCGGCUUUGAAACAGGUUGGUCAUGGGAACAUGUCUAUUGUGAUUGGGGAGAUUGGUUGGCCCACCGAUGGCAAUCGAUGGGCCAACAAGUCCCUGUCGUCAAGAUUCUAUAACGGGAUCUUGCCACGAUUGGCGGAACACAAAGGAACGCCUUUGCACCACGGUCAUAUCGAAGUGUACCUUUUCGGGCUCCUCGAUGAAGACGCAAAAAGCGUACUACCCGGAGAUUUCGAGCGUCACUGGGGUAUCUUCGAUUACGCAGGUCAACCGAAGUUUCAUAUGGACCUUGCCGGAAAAGACAAGAACAAGACGCUCGUGGGAGCGAAACACGUCCAGUAUCAACCGAAAAAGUGGUGCGUCGUGAAUCACGACGCUCCGACCGACCACAAGAAACUCAACGAGAGCGCUUUGUAUGCUUGUGACCGUGCAGACUGCACCCCAGUCUCUCAUGGCGGAUCGUGUAGUGGUCUCGAUUUCGCUGACAAAAUGUCGUAUGCUUUCAAUUCGUUCUUUCAAGUAGCGAACCAAUCGAAAGCCAGCUGCCAUUUCGGGGGGUUAGCCAUUGAAGUCGACAAGGACCCAUCCAAAGGUCCUUGCAAGUUCAAUAUCCAAAUAAAACCAUAUGAACCACCGUCAUCGUCGCCUUCGUCAUCGCCAUCGGAUUCAUUAUCACCGUCGGAUUCAUCGGCACCACCUCCAGCCGCCGGUGCUCCGCCGAUGGUUUUGGGUCUCUUUGCCAUGCUUUUGUUUAUUUUCUUUUAG